GCGAGUGUGUGUUGACUUGAGCGCGGAGGAGAGACACGAGAGCGCUUUUCUCAUUCAGUGCCGGCGACACAUCCAUGAAUGAAUGCGGUGCGUUUACUGGGGUGAGUGCAAGCUUUAAGUUCUCCAUCACCUUCGACGCUUCAAUAAACCUAACUAGAAACAGAAGAAAAAAAAAGAGUUUCCAAAAGUCCAGUCCCUUCGGAGGAUCGGCUCACCGCGUUACGCACCGCAACAUAUUUAGCCUACAUUAGGACACUUGCAACUUUAUCUAUAAAGUGUCACGGAUCUGCUGCAUUUAAUGUCUAUUUCAUAACAGUCAACAUGCAGUCUGUCAAAUGAUAGAUAGGUUUAUGAAUGCAGCCGCUGAACGCGCUCAAACGCGCAGCGGUUCAUGUUCCAUCUUCAAAUAAAUCGCUUAAAGUCAGUCUCCUACUUCAAAGGGUGAUCGGACGCCGCGAGUCCAACCGCUGCAGAAUGGACGGACUUAACGACCAACAAGUGCCUUUCAUAAAAUCUCAUAAUCCUCGGGGAAAGACGUCCAGCACGAGACCAGCGAAGGACAGGAAAAGAAAAUUCAUUAACUCUGACCUGGCGCUGGACACCGAGGAGCUGUUUCAAGAUCUCAGCCAACUUCAGGAGACCUGGCUCGCUGAAGCUCAAGUUCCUGACAAUGAUGAGCAGUUUGUUCCAGACUUUCAGAGUGAAAACUUGGCGUUCCACGGGCUGCAGUUGAGGAUAAAGAGAGAGCCCCACAGUCCGUGUACUGAUCUGGGCUCAGCCUGCAGUCAGGAGAGGCCCUUCAGACUCCACUAUGGGGAGAAGUGCCUGUAUAACAUCAGUGCCUACGAGCAGAAGCAUCCCUCGGGAAUGAAGGCCUCCAGCCCAGUGUCUACCCCCUGCAGCACGCCCGUGUCCCCUGGCCAGCAUGUGUCUCCCACUGCCGCUCCCACCCCGAAACCAGACAGGACGUAUCCUCACCUCGCACCCCCGCAGCCCCUUCCUGACAGCGCUUACCCCAUGGACCACAGUGUUUUGUUCAGAUUUCGACGCCAGUUGUCGGAGCCGUGCCAUUCGUUCCCUUCUCCCUCGAUGUCACGGGACGGACGGCCUAUGUAUCACAGACAGAUGUCGGAACCCAGCAUCCCCUUCCCUCCUCAGGGGUUCAAGCAGGAGUACGGCGACCCCCUCUUCGAACAUCCGGCCAUGGUGGGGGCACCGCUCCCCCAGACAUACCCACACUCCAUGAUGAUCAAACAAGAGCCUCGCGACUUCACCUACGACUCAGAAGUGCCUAGCUGUCACUCUGUAUAUCUUAGACAAGAAGGAUACCUGGCCCACAAUAACAGAACAGAGGGAUGUAUGUUCGACAAAGUUGCAAGGCACUUCUAUGACGACACUUGUGUGGUACCAGAGAAAGCUGAAGGUGAUAUAAAACAGGAGGCGGGGCUGUACCGUGAAGGCCCGACCUAUCAGAGACGAGGCUCGCUGCAGCUCUGGCAGUUUUUGGUGGCCCUAUUGGACGACCCCUCAAACUCGCACUUCAUUGCGUGGACAGGACGGGGCAUGGAGUUUAAACUCAUUGAGCCUGAGGAGGUGGCACGACGUUGGGGAAUUCAAAAGAAUCGGCCCGCCAUGAACUACGACAAACUUAGCAGAUCGUUGCGCUACUACUAUGAGAAAGGCAUCAUGCAAAAGGUGGCAGGUGAAAGAUACGUGUAUAAGUUUGUCUGCGACCCCGAGGCUUUGUUCUCCAUGGCCUUCCCUGACAAUCAGCGUCCGGUGCUGAAGACCGACCUGGAGCGGCAGAUCAACGAGGAAGACACCGUACCGUUGUCACACUUCGAUGAAAACAUGGCGUACAUUCAAGAGGGCGGCUACUGCAACCCACACCCUUACAACGAGGGCUACGUCUACUGAAAACUGCUAGCGGCCGUUCAAAAACAAAACAAACUAUCAGACUUGUCCCUCAUUUCCUUGAGUCAUUCCCCAGGACAAAAGAGAGCACUUUAUGGACAGAGGAUGAUGGCAGUGUGUAAAACCUACAAACGUACUGGUGUAGUUACGUUAGAUGCUCCUUUGGUGUUUUUUGUUGCUAUUGAAGGGGAUGGGGUGUUUCAGCAUGCCGUUUUCUCACAGCGAAAGACUCUCGAGGCCAAUCGGCCUCUCUUCGGACAGAUGUUUUAAACUAUUUAGACAGGUUAGAGUCUGGAGCACGUGAGUGGAAAAAUCCCAACCUCUUUUACCAUUGAAACUCUUGGAUUGUUUGUGGAGCGCUUUGUUAUUUUCGCACAUUUUCACGACAGUUGUUUUCUCUCUCCCUUGGUGUCAAAACUGAGUAAAUAAUACAGUGUAUUACUAUGGAAAUAAAAUCCUUAAAACUGUCCAUUUCACUGAGUAAACGGCCCAUACACACCCUUUCAGGACUCUUAAAGUGAUUAAAUACUAGCACAGUUAUAACAAAUGACUGAUUCAUGUUAUACACUAAUAUUCAAGUUAUACCCGUAUAUAUAACGUCUUAGAGGAGGGAAGAUGCAGGUAAUUUUCUCAAAUGAACAACAGAUUUUUUUUCUUAAUGAACUAAAUAAAGACAAAAAAAUACGACCGCAUGAUUUUGUAAUACUACAGUACAUGGUGUUUCAAAUGCCGCUCUGAUUUUUCCUAAAUCUAUUUAAAUAAACAUAAUACAGUAUAACACACCAUAUUUCACUGAAUAUGACUUUUUGAUCAAAAGCGCCUAUAGAUAUCAAAUAGUUAUCUUCAGACAGGUCUUGUGCAAGGUGCAAGCUUCACAUGUGUCUAUGACAUCCUUACAUUUCUACUAUUAGAGUGAUAAAAUAGCUUUUUUUAUUAGGAAAAAAAGUGGAUGUUAGUCCAUUACUCGCUCCCCCAUGCCAUCGUUGAAAAUAUAAAACAUGUAUAUUCAGGUUAAUGCACCUCGAUGCUGCUUUUCGUGUAAAUUUAGUCACGUAUGAUCAGACGGCAGCUAUGCCCUGCAGUACGUUCAUUUUUUUUUCUUCAUUUUUUUUUACAUUGGAAAAAAAUCGUCAGUGUUUAUUGAAUGUAAAAAAAUAUAUACAUAAUUGCGAAGGGAAUGGCAAUAGCUACACUUCUGUAAUAAAAUAGUGUUGAAAUACAA